AUGUAUCGUCCGGUGCGUCCCGGCGGUGCUGGCCAGAGGGUGAGCGUGUGGGUGCGUGUGCAGGAUGAGCCGCUGGAGGAGGAGGAGCUGGAGGAGGAGAAGCCCGACAAACUGAGCCUGCUGCUGCCGCAGUCCAAGUUCGACUGCCACAGCCGCAAGACCGGCUACUACGCCGACGACGGGCUCAACUGCGAGGUCUUCCACUACUGCCAGGACAACGUGCACCUGAUCUGCAUGCCCCCGAGCGGCGACAACAUCUGCAAGCAGUCCUCCAACUUCCACUUCGUCAACGACUACCUGUACCGGCCCAUCAACGCCGAGGAAGCGCAAACCAAGCCCAACGUGACGCUGCGCUACUCGGACCGCUACUACCCGGACAACUACUACGAGGAGGGCGAAGAGCGCCCCGCCCGGCCGGUGCAGCAGGUGGCGGCCGCCGCCCGGCCCCGCCGCCGCCGCCGGCGCGCGCCCGGCCAACAG